CCCGCGGCUGCUCUUGUAUUCGCCAUGUCCGAACGCUUGUCCUCCCUCCGCUCGACGCUGUCGACCAAGGCGGCGUCGCUCAGCGAGAAGGCAGCAAAGGCAGCGGCCGACAGCGCUAGUCGGCUAGGGGAGUCGAGCGUCGGAAAGUCGCUGCGCGAGGCUCUCGAGGAGCCGGACAAGGUGCGUGAGCUCCUUCGCGAGAAGAACAGGCGGAUCCAGGAGCUGGAGCGGGACCUGGAGUCGGUCAAGGCGCGGGCGGUCGCCAAGUUCCGUGACCUCUCGCAGCAAAAGGCGGCGUUGGAAGAGGCCAUCGGCGCCGGCGGCGACGCUGCGCUCGUCGCGCGCGCUCGCGACCUCGAGGAGACGCUGAGUCGGGAGCGGGAGCGCUCUCAGCGGCUCGAGCGGCGGGCAACGGAGCUGGAGCAGGAGGCACGGCCGCAGGAUGCGGCCUUGGGGGCGGCGAUGGUCGAAGCCAAGCGGCAGCUCGCCGAGAGCGAGUUUACGAGCGCGAUCGCGGCGCUCACGACCGAAAACGCGUCGGUCGAGUCGCGGCUGAGCAAGGAGGCGCGCGCCAAGGACAAGGCGAAGGGGUCGGCGAGCCAGCUCAAGGAGGAGCGCGAGAAGCUGCGGUCAGAGCUCGCCGCUCUCAAGGCGGAGCUCGCCGGAGCCUCAAAGGCGGCCCGCGAGAGCGAGCAGCUCCGGCUGCAGCUGCACGAGGAGCGGCGGCGCGUGUCAGACGCGACCCUGCCCGCGCUCGAGCCGGGCUCGGAGCCGUCCGACGUCGCGCUCGCCGCCCUCAACCAGGAGCUCGUCUCGGCCAGGCUCGGUCGCGCAGAGUCGGACGCCGCCCUCGCCGAGGCGCGGCGCGAGGUGGCGAGGACGAGGGAGGAGCUGUACGAGAGCCGGACCAGAGCGGAGCAGCGGGAGGCGGAGCACGCCGCCGCACUGAGCGCGGCUGCUGAGCUUAAAAAGGCGGCGGCGGUGCUCGCGGCGGAGAACGCCUCCGUGGAGGGCAAGCUGCACAAGGAGGUGGAGAAGGUGGACAAGGCCAAGGAGGCGCUCAAGGUGGGGAUCGCCGAGCGCAAGCAGCUGCAGGCGGAGGUCAAGGCGCUCGAGGCGCGCCUCUCAACCACCUCCCGCGACGAGCAAAAGUCGCAGGGGCGGCUCAGCUCUGCGGCGGAGGUGAACCGAGAGCUGUCCUCAGAGCGGGACACGCUCGCCGCGCAGCUCAAGAAGGCGAGCCGCGAGCUGGAGGCGCUGCAGGCGACGCGGGCGAAGGAGGUGUCGGCCGCGGAGCAGCUGCGCCAGGGCCUCGAUCGCGCGCAAGCCGAGGCGCGUUCGGCGAGCGAAGACUCGAGCGCCGCGGUGCAGGCGCUGCGCACCAAGGUCGGCGCGUUCGAGCGCGAGCUGGGCAAGACAAAGUCGCUCCUCGCGCAGAAGGAGCUCCAGCUGUCGACGAUGAGCGCCGACAACCUGCAGAAGCUCGAGGCGGAGCGAGACGAGCUCUCCGCGACCGCGGCCGGCCUGCGGGACCAGCUCGAGGAGGCGCGGUCGGCUGCCCAGGGUUGGGCGCCAGGCGACAGCUGGGUUGUCAACGACAGCGAGUUUGAGGCCGCUCCCGUCCCCGGCGGCGACGCUGCCGCCCUUGCUAUUGCCGAUGGCGUUCAUCUUUCGACGGCAGAGCCCGCACGCUCUAGCGGGGCGCAGCCCUCCCCCGGCGACGACGUUGCCGACGGCGCCGCGAAGGAGCAGCAGGCGGAGCUGCAGGCCGAGGUGCAGAGGCUUCAGGAGGAGCUCGCCUCCCUGCAGCGCCGGAGUCAGGAGAGGGCCGUCCACGAGGUGGAGAAUGAGCGCACGCUCCGCCGCCUCGAGCAGAUCCGCACGCUCAAGCUCGAUCUCGCAGCCGCGAAGGAGGAGAUCGCCGCCUUGAAGAAGGGCGAGCAGAGCCGCACGGAACGCGCCGCGGCUCUCAAGGAGAAGACGCAGGCGUACGUCUCGCAGCUCCGGGCGGACCACGCUGCCGCACUCGACGCCGCUGCCGCCGACGGCCAGAGGGCGCUGGAAGCAAAGCAGCUCGAGCUCGAGCGGUUCGAGGCUGCUGCGGCGGACGAGAUUGCAACGGCGCAGAUGAGCCUCGAGGCGGCGGAGCGGACUGCAGGGCUCGAGGCGAGCAGCGUCCGCGCGACUCUGGCGGCAGAGGCAAAGGCGCAGAUCCGGACGAUGAGCAGAGAGAUUCGAGAGAUCGAACGGCAGCUCCAAGCGGAGGGCGGCUGA